AUGGCAGAUGUCUGUCCUCAACGAAAACAACCACAGCAACCACAGCAACCACAGCAACAACAGCAGCAGCAGCAACAACAGGCUCAACAACCCGCUCGAGGCCGAGCCUUUCUUCUCACUACUGCUCAAGCUCAAAACGCGAAUGAUGUCAUUACUGUUGAUGCCCCAUACGCGCUCGCAGGGUCCACCACCGCUUCCGUUUACGAUCAAGACUUCCGUCUCAUCUUCUACACUCGAGAUUCCUUCUUACAUCAUGACCGCCAUCACCAAUUCAGUCAAUUCCAUGGUCGUGACGACGAGGAUGCCCCCGCUCAUAUCAAUCGCAUCACUCGUCUCUGCAGCACCUUCUCCAUUGAGGGUGUCAAUCUUGAUGCUAGAUAUCUUCAGGUUUUUCCGUUCUCACUCAUUGGACGCGCAGCCGUCUGGUUCGAUUCCCAGCCCGCUGGCACCUUCAAUACUUGGGCAGGUCUUCGCGAUGCAUUCUUAGCCAAGUAUUUUCUGCCAGCCAAGGCAUCUCGCCUUCGUGACCAGAUUCACUCGUUUCGCAUGGAGCCGGAUGAGCCGUAUCACUUAGCUUGGGAGCGUUUUCAGACCCUGAUAUCCCGUUGUUCUCAGCAUGGUCUAUCCGAUUGGGCGUUAGUCGAGAAAUUCUACAAUGGUCUUACUCCUGAGAUUAGAGCUCGUUUCGAUACUUCAUCAGGAGGUCAGCUUAUGGGAAAGAAGACGGUGGCUGAGUGUAAUGAUUUGUUUGAGAGCUUUGCCCACUCCGAUAUGGACUACAUCACUACCAGCAGGACUUCCAUUCCUGUACGUACCACCUCGGCCGGUCGAGGGGUAAACCAAGUUAGCUUGGAUCCAUCGGUAGCUACUGCAGUCGAGGAUUUGAGGAAGGAGAUGAGGCAAGAGUUAAACGAGAUAAAGAAGAAAGUGGAUAGGUGUGAGGUUUGUCGAGGAGGUCAUGACACUAUCGAUUGUCCUACCAUUACUCUUGAGCAGGUGGAGUACAUAGCCGGUCAAUCUAGGGGUCCCACGAAUCCGUUCAAUAAUUCAAAUUCCGGCUGGCGCGGUAGUAGCAAUUCGAGUGGUUAUCGUUCGUCUGGAAAUCCUCCUGGAUUUCCAUCUGGUCAGUAUCAGAGUAGAGGGCCCGACAUUUACACGAGUUAG